AUGAUGCGACUCAUGCACUGCGUGUCGAUGCUGCGAUCAUUCGUGCGAGGCCUGUCCGCUGCCGCCUUGGCCGCGCCGCCCGCUGCCGCCUUCGCAGCGCCGCGUGCAGCUACCGCAGCGCCCGUCGGCUCCGCAGCGCCGCCCGCAGCGGCGCCGAGCGAGGCCAGCGCCGGCGUCGUCGAGCUGCCGUCGGGCGUGCGCUACCGCGCGGUCUCCGAGGGCCGCGGCGCCGUGCCCGCGAAGGGCGACGUCGUCGCCGUGCGGCUCCGCGGGCUCCCGCCGGACGGCCGCGCGUUCCGCGUCGGGUCCGUCGUCUCCCGGACCACCAUCGACGGGCCGGUCACGCCGGCGGUGGACAUCGCCGUCGCGCGCAUGCGCGCGGGCGAGCGGGGCCUCGUCGUCGCGCCGCCGGACUCCGCGUACCCCCGGGGCCUGUCCAUCGCGCAGACGCGCGCGGCGGGGCUCUCGGGGCUCUGGAUCCCCUCGGACGAGACGCUGCGCUACGAGAUCAAGCUGCUCCGCUGCCUCGAGGUCGCGCGCGCCUUCCCGAGCCUCGCGGAGCCCGCGGCGGCGCUCCUGCCGCCGGAGGUCGUCGCGGCGUCGACGGCCUGUCUCCUCGGGCUGUCGCUCUACCUCGGCCCCGACUGGCUCCUCGCGCCGCUCGGCCUCGAGUCGCAGAUCCGGCCCGGCCGCGAGACGUCCUACGCCCUGGGCAAGGUGCUCCUGGAGCGCAACAGCACGUUCCUCGCGGAGCGGGCGGCCGGCUACGCCGCGGAGCCGCCGCCGGAGCUGCGGUUUGCGACCGCGGCCGUCUACGGCGCGCUCGGCGCGGCGGCGCAGGCGGCGCUCGUCGCCGCGCUGGGGUCCGCGUCCUACGUCGGCGCCUGGGCCGUCUGCGCGGCGCUCGCGGGCGUCGUCUACGAGGUCGGGCGGCCGCAGCCCCUGAGUCGCGACGUCGCGGACGCGCGCGAGUCCUUCGAGUCGUCCUUCGAGGACUUCGCCGAGCGGCGCUUCGACUACUCGACGUCCGCGGCGACGAACACCAUCGAGAUCGUCCGCGCCUUCCGCCGGUCCGUGGGCAAGUACCGCAGCGCGGACGCGUCCGUCGCGGACGUCCAGAUCGAGCGCCUCGCGAAGACCUGGUGGCGCCAGCGCGGCGGCGUCGUCACGUCGACGGGCUUCCUCAAGGGCGUCAAGCUCAAGGCCGAGGCCGACGUCUUCGAGCGCGGCGGCUUCGCCGCCCAGCUCGCGGCGCAUUUCCUCCUCGCGCUCGCCCUCUUCUCCGUCGGCGUCGGCGCCCGCGGCGUCGACUGGGUGUCCUCGACCUCCUCGCAUCUCGCGUCCGCCGCCCGCGCGCACGUCGACGGCCUGCUCGUGUCCUGGGAGACCAUGCUGCCCGAGUGGUGGCGCGGCUGGCUCUUCGGCCUCCUCACGGCCGCGCUGCUCAUGGACGUCGUCGCCGUCGGCGGAGACGCGGCCGCCGGCCGCGGCGCGGGCACGGCGGCGGACCCGCGGCGCGCGCGCGACGACGCCUGGGCCGCGCUGCUGCGCGCCAGGUGGCUCGAGGACCCGCGGCUCAAGAGCCACCUGGCGGCCGCGAAACUGCCGCCGCCGAAGGAACCGCGGCGACUGGCGUACGCGUCGGCCGGCGGCGCGACACUGCACGGCGAGGUCUUCGUGUCGCCGGAUCUCGAGGCGCGCAAGGGCGCGCUGCCGGGCGUCGUGUUGUUCCACACGGCCGCGGGGCCGAGAGACCUGUUCUUAUCUUGGAAGGCGGAGGUUCUGGCCGCGCGCGGCUGCUGCGUGCUCGUCGCGGAUUUAUUUGGAGACGCCAACGGCGACGGCUGGGACGGUGCCUGGGCCGCGGCGCCCCGCGCGGAGCUGCGGGACCCCGCGGUGCUGCUCGAUCGCGCCGUCGCCGCGGUGACGGCGCUCCGGGCCCUCGAGCCCGUCGACGGCUCGAAAUGCGCCUGCCUCGGCUGGUGCCUCGGCGGCCGCGCGGCCGCCGCGCUCGCCGCCGCCUCGCCCGAGGGCCUCAAAGCCGCCGUGUCGUUCCACGGCGUCUUCGACGCGGCCGUCGUCGAGGCCGCGGCCGCGGGCCGGAGGGACGCGCCUUCCUGCGCGCUGCUGAUCCUGUCGGGGAGCGACGACCCCUUCGUCCCGGACCUCGACGGCGCCGUCGCCGCGCUCGCGGCCGCGGGCGUGCCCUACGAGACCCACGUCUACGGCGGCGCGAAGCACGGCUUCACGAACCCGGCGCAGGCGCUCAACGACAACGCCGCCUUCGCCUACGACGACAAGGCUGCCACUGGCGCCUGGGCCCUCGCGGAGGGGGCGCUCCACAAUGACACGCGCAACGAGAAGCGCAUCGUCGUCGCGACGAACCACCGGCGCCUCGUGUCGCAUGCUCCAGACACCAUGAUCUUCGCGUACCACGUCUGCAACGUCAGCGAGAAGACCGCGCCGCCCGUGGUCGAGGCCGGGGCAGAAAACGCGCCCCCCGCGUCCGCGGUGGCGCCCGCGGCGGCGGGCUCGGCCGCGCCCGCGGCGUCGCAGGCGGCGCCGAUCGCCCUGGGAGACGCGAAUACGACGCCCUCGACCGCGGCGAACACGGCGCCCUUGACCGUCGCGGCGGAUACGGCGCCCUCGACCGCGGCGCACGAGUCCGGCGUCGCCGCGGCGGCGCAGCGCGCGCGGCGCAAGGUGCCCGAGGCGCGCAAGCGCAAGAACGCCAACGGCGUCGACCGCGUCAAGCGCUACCACGGCCUGCCGCUGCUCUACGACGGGGAGAGCAAGUUGUUCUCGAGCGUCGACGUCCGCUCCAUCGUGGCGUCGGAGCCGGGCCGGCGCGCCGGGUCCUUCGUCGUCGCGGCGCCGGCGCCCGGCGGCCGGCGAGGCUGGCUCGAGGAGGCGGGCCUCGGGCGCGGCUCGGGCCUCGCGAUGAUCGACAUCGCGCUCCGGGCCCAGUUCGAGCGCGGCGGCUUCCACGCGCUCGGCGGCGGCGAGUUCGUCGGCGCCCGCGCGGUCCAGCCCCUCAACAAGUACGGCCGAGUCGACGACGAGCUCGCGCGGCGGCUCGUCGAGCUCGGCUGCGAGCUCCGCGUCGGCGUCGCGCUCACGGCGUCGCGGCUCGACGCGGGCCUCUGCGUCAACUACGACCUGAUGGCGCGCCUCACCAUCAAGUCGGUCAACGUCGCGGAGCUCAUGCUCGGGCUCUUCGGCCUGCGCGGCAACCGGCCCGAGAAGCUGGUGCCGGACGAGAUCAAAAAGCUCCACGACCUCCUCAAGAAGAAGCUCUGCGAGGUGAACCGCGGGUCGCGCUGGGCGGGGCCCCCGGAGAUCAUCCAGCUGGCGCGGAAGCUCUUCGACCCGAGCGGCACCUACGCGACGGCCGACUCGGAAUCCUUCGACAAGGGCGGCAAGCCGCGGACCGUGACGGCGCACUACCGCAUCGCCUACGGCAUCGAGCUGCAAUACCCGUGGCUGCCGCUCCUCGCCGUCGACUGCGGCGCGGUGCGCGUCCGGUGCCGCGACGAGCACGGCGCCGACGUCCUGGACCAGAACGGCCGCCCCACGUUCGACGUCGCGAAAGAGAACGGCAAGGCGAUGCGGAAGCGCAUCCAUUUCCCGCCGGAGCUCCUGCAGCUCGUCGAGCACCAGAAGCAUUCGGCCAACGAGGCGGAACUCCUCCGCACCGCCGUCUGCAAGAUCCCCAAGUGCAAGCUCGCGGAGUCGAACCGGCUCCUCGGCGACGCGGGCCUCGUCGGCGCCGACGACCAGAGCCUCCUCUCGAGCGUCGGCCUCGCGCUCUCCCGGCCCCUCGCCGUCCGCGGCCGCGUGCUCGACCCGCCGAUCGUUGCCUUCAAAGACCGCGUGAGGCGGGACGCGGACGGCCGCCCGCAGACUUGGUACGUCAAGGCGUCGACGCACGUCCGCAACGGCGAGGCCCUGCCCCCGCAAAACAAUGCCUACGAGUUCUUCGACGUCAAGAAUACUGACGCCGAUGUGCAGCGCUGGUUGGUCCUCGACGUGACCGGCCACUUCCUCCCGCGCCAGGCAAUCGCUGAAUUCUUCGAUCUUGUUGGACGAUCGCUGUGCGAUCGCGGUCUCAAGUACUGGCCGGAGUGGGAUUACCACAUGAUCAAUCCUCGUGACAUCGAAAACUUUGUGCGGGACCUUGGGGCCAAGAGCGCGCGUGCGCGGCCGGACUACGUGACGCCGAUCAUCAUCAAGGACAAGACGAAGGCGAUGUCCCCUUCGAAGCCCUACGAUAGACUGAAAAAGGCCUUCGGCGGCAAGGUCAUGACGGGCUGCGUCGGCAUCGAGACCAUCCAGAAACAGCGAGCGGGAUCCGCGGAGCUUUCCAAGCUCGCCACGUCUCUCGCGAACAAUAUCGUCGGCAAGCUUGGCGUCGUCGUCAAGCGCACGUUUCCCGCCGCGCCGAACCUGCAGGGCGGCGGCGCGUUCCCGCCAGAACGUCUGCCAGAAUCGUCUGCCGCCCACCCGCUGCUCAAAGAGAAGACGCUCCUCGUUAGCGUCCACGUCGAGCAGGGCGGCGGCGCGUUCUGCCAGAACGUGUCGAGCUUCGUGUCGAUGGUCGCUGCAAAAACAGAGUUCUGCGACGAAUUCAUCGAACGGCACGCCCCCGUCGAGCCUGGAGCCGACAUCGCCAGCGCGCUCACGCGGCCCUUCGGAGAAAUAGUCUACGGCUUCCUCGAGCUCUUCGAAAAAUCUGCUGAUCAAAUGAUGGCAGUGCGCUACCCCAAGGCGAACUGCGCCGUGCGGAAGCCGGUUCCGCUCUACAUCGCGAAGCUCGCGGCCACGCGUUUGCAACGCCUGCAGAACGCCGGCAUGCCGGACGACGAGCUCACGCGAAUCAACGACGUGCCGGGCUAUUUCUUCUACUGAGCCACGUCGCGGCGCCCUAGGUACGAACGACACCGCGCCUAUCAUCGACGCGCACAACUCAACCCUGGACGCGCAACGACGAAACACUGUGAACCCAUCCCCGACGCGCAACACGCAACCCCUCAACGCGCUAUACUCAAAUCAUCGACGCGCAAAACCCAAUCAUCGACGCGCUGCGACCAAACUUUACGACGCGCCACGCCGCGUGCACAUACCACCGAUCUUUGUGUGUUUGAGUCGCCCGCCCGUCUUCCCCCCCCUGUCUGAUGUCUAAAAAGGUGCCUACUG